CCUCAGUCGAAAAACGGGUCUUACCAUGAGUAAAACAUUGUACUUGAUUCUAGUAUUUUUGAGGGAGCUUAUAAUAGAUAUUCGUGGAAUUUCACAACCACAUACAGAACCUAAAAGUGCGGCAACUUGCGCCGUCAAUAUAAACGACCAGUUACCAAAACCGCAGCCACUAAUUCUAGUCCCAGAAACGGAGCAAUUUCGAAAUCCGACAUCAGACAACCGCUUACUUCGAUUGAAUGCCGGCGAAACCGUUGAGUUAGCCUGUGAUACGAACGGUGGAUUUAGCAUCUCUCCUAGUAGUAGCUCAAUCAUCGUAGUAUGUGUUAUCGACAGGACGUUCAAUUUCAAUAGUACAAUGUUUUCUUUUGAUGAAUUUUCUUGUGCUCGGGUCUGGUACAGUUCCGCAAGACGAACGAACAUAUCUUGUGAAGACGGGGCUUUUAUAGUCGAAGUAGGCUUUGAUAUGGGAGUUCGUUUUCCAAAGCUCAUGGACAUCUGUCAUAAUGAGAACACAUUUGAAAACCACUGGGUUAAACACGAAUUUACUCGGGCCAUCGCCGGCUACCAAUCCGGUAAUCCUAGACCCGAAUGGUAUCAAGGAUAUUUCUAUCCUGGAAUUGAUGUUAAUGGUCUAUAUGCAAUAGACAAACAACGGAAAACGAUUGGAGUAAUUUUGAAAUCAGAAUCGCUCGCUGAUAGUGUAGUAGUAGAUUACGCCACAGGACUUUUCAUGGCCAGAGGUCAUAUCGCAGCACGUGUGGACUUCAUCUUGGGACCACAGCAAAACGGUACUUUUUGGUUUUUGAAUGCGGCUCCCCAGUGGCAAAACUUCAACGAAGGUAAUUGGCUGCGAAUCGAGGAAAGCGUUCGAAAUUUUGUCACAGCCCGAAAUCUUCAGGUUACGGUUUACAGUGGAACAUACGGAGUACAUACUCUAACCGAUGUCAAUGGUGAUCAGCAGCCAAUUUAUUUGGAUUUUGACCCUGACGGCACGCAGCGCCUGCCCGCUCCAAAGAUAUUCUAUAAAAUCUUACUCGACGAAAGUAACAAAGCUGGUGUUGCACUGAUAGGUGUUAACAACAUCUAUAUCGACUCGAUGGAACAGAUUGAUGACGGUUACAUGUUCUGUGAAGAUAUUGGAGAUAAAAUCCGUUGGAUCGAUUGGAAUAGGAGAAAUUUCUCUUUGGGUUAUUCCUAUGCAUGUGAGGUGAAUCCGUUUCUGAAGCGAAUUGGUCAUCUUGCUGGAUUGGAUGUUCCACAUUUGUUAAUUUGACUGAGAAUCAGGCGCGACAACUAUGAGGUGGAGAGAGGCAAAGCUCUUUUUGUCGCAGUGUCAAUCGCAAAGUCUAAAUACUACUAUACUAAUGCUUUUGGAUUUUAUAACUAAGCAAGCUGUACUUAAUACAGAUUAAACAAAUUACAAUUUUCUAAUCACGUGUACUGGAGUUUUUGAUCAGAUAGCGACCGUGAUUCGAUGUUUUUAUAAAAUUUUCAUGCAAAAUCAAUGUUUCAUAACGAAGAUCAGAUCAACAAUGCAUUCUAAAGAGAAAUACGAAAAAAAAAUGAAUAUAUCUAAUCAAAGUUGGCCAUUGUCGCUUCCGAACUUGGAAGGAACUCUGACAGUUGACAGGAACCUGGCUGGAUUUCGGUAGCUGUCCAAAUAGCGUUGGGUGAUUAUACAUAUAGCAGCUCAUAUAGAGACACAUCUUUAAAAUUUCUAGUAUUGUUGUAAUAAUAAUUUUGCUUUUCUCGUGAAGAAAGGUAAUGUAAUUACUGUGAAAAAUGGAUUUUUAAUCGAAGCUAGGGCGGAAGAUCGACGGAAGUCGUCGCAACCGGGAAAAUGUGGUCUUGAUUUUCUCAGAGAUAGCUGAAUCGAUUUUCACAAAUUAUAUUAGACUCAAACGAAAGAUCUUAUGGUAUCAUAGACUGUUAUUUUUUCAUCCGGAUCCAACUCCCGGUUCCAGAAGUAUAGAAAUAUGAGUGUGCAAAAUUUCAAUUCUUGGGGAGUGUUUUUUAAAGAAACAAUGUAAA